ACUACAUAUUCAUUAAUAUAAACGGUAGUUUUACUUUAAUUACAGAUGCGGUAGCAAUUUCUGGCGAUCCAGUUCUCUCAGAUGUGUUUAUUAUGUGUGAUGAUACACUGUGGGUGGAUGAAUUAUUGGAUAAGUUAAAAAGACAAUCACAAUUGAUAUUCACUAGAGAAGGAAACUGGAUUAGUGGUAAUGGUAGGGCGUGCAAUGUGCAAAUCUCUUUGGCCAGAAGCAAAAAGGCAAUCAUUGGAUUCAUAGAGCAACCUCAGAAUGCCAUGACAGAGUAUGCUGCUAAUGUUAAUAUUCAAAAUAUGAUAAACAAUAAUGAACUGGAUAGUGGCAGGCUAAUAUUAGUGAAGAUAACAGAGGGUGCGGACACGCCACAUAUCAGUCGUCUAUUUACUGAAGUUGAAGCAUCGGAUUUAGACUUAAUGCCAAAAAUAUUGGAAGCUUUACGUGACUGUGAUAAUCUUGAAACGCCUUGUCAAGAGAGGUUGAAGAAAAUGAUAUUAAAAGGUGCAGGGACCUCUAGACAACAAGCAAACCUUGAAAAGGAAUGCUCUAUUGAUAUUUUUGAGGAUACACAAUCUUCAGUUGGAAACGAAUUUGAUUGCUAUGUUGCAAGCUGCGAUGAUAAAUGGGAAGAUGAAGUUUGCACAGAGUUAAAAAAGAAAAACAAAAAUCUGAAGGUGAUCUGUAGAAAGAAGAUUAUUCCUAAUUGGCCUACUUCAAAAAGGAAACACAAGAAGGUAUUAGAUGAUAGUAAUAAUUUACUAGAACCGGUACACAGCACUAAGACGACGAUUGUUGGGUUUAAAGGCAAAAAGGUUAAUGGAUAUUUAAAAAGUAUUGCAGAAGCUGUCAUUAAAAGACAAUUUGAAGAUGAUGACUUUGGAUGUUUGAUACCUGUGAAGAUAAAGCGAGAUGCUGUCAUACCGUCUUGUGUGAAGAGGUUUAGACCUCUCAACGCCUUUGAAGACAACUUUCAUGAAAAUGUUUGGCAAGCUGUAACUAGAAUAGAAUUUGAUUGCUAUAUUGUAAGUUGUGAUGAUAACUGGGAAAAGAAAGUUUGUACAGAGUUAGAAAAGAGGAACAACAAAUUAAAAGUGAGCUGUAGAUAUGAGCGUCUUUCUUCAAAGUCUCUUAAACAGAAACGAAUGAAGACCUUAGGUAAUGGUGAUGUUUUGGAUACUUUAUUACAACCCAUACUGGGCACUAAAAAGAUAAUUAUUGGGUUUAAUGACAAAGAGGUCAACGGCUACUUAAAACGUGUUGCAUUAACUGUAUUGGAAAGACAAUGUGAAUUAGGUGAUAAUUACGGAGGGUUGAUACCUAUACAGAUGAAGCAAGAUGCAAGCAUACCGUUUAGUGUAAAGUCGUUAGCUCUUCUCAAAGCGUUCGAUGACAACUUUCAUGAUGAAGUUUGGAAGGCUGUGACUUCAAUAAGUGUACAAGUGAAUGUUAAGUGCAUAAAUAGUUCCUCGAACUUCAAGGAAAUUAAUGACAUACUACAAACUACUGUGGAGAAAUUCCAAAAGCGUCAUAGCCCGCUUCAUGACAAAAUAUCAAAAUACAUAAAAGAGAUCGGAUUAAAAUUCAAUGGGAUUACAUACGGAUCAAUUAUUCUGCACCUAUCUACACAAGAUCCCGUAGCAUUAAGGCGCCUAUCAGAUUCUAAAGAGCGUGAAACCAUUAUAAAUCGACUUGCACAUAUCCUACUUCCACCAAAGCUUCAGAAAGAAUUUUGUCAAAAUUGGUCACUUAAUAUUGACAUGGAAAAAUAUGAUGCUGCUCUAACGGAACUGAAAACACACAACAAUUCCCAAAGACCUGAGUCAGACACAGACGAGGAUUGAUUAAACAUGUGAGAAAGUAGGAGAAGAUUGAGCAUUUCGCACCAGACAAACCAUCGAGUGUUUACACUGAUGUUAAAAUGUCCUGUUAAAUCCACAUGGGUAAAUAAAUAAUUAAAAAGGCAGAAAAACAGCUUAUUCACGAAAGAAUGAAAAUUACUUCCAAUACUAAGGGCCUAAACUCUACCGUCACAAAGCACACUCACCCCAUCAAAGACAUUUUAGCAUCAUAUUUAGCAUAUUAGCACCAAAAGAGGAGGAGGUAAGAUGAACAACUUUAAGUCCACCCCACCUCCUAACAACACAACAAAAGACAAAAUUUGAACACAGAAAAUCAGACAUCUGAAAAGAUUAUUCCAUUUUCAUACUCCCAGUAGAAGUUAUAUUACAACUCGACCUUGAUUUAUAAAAGGAAGCUAACGGGAAAACUCAACAAGCCAAAGAAAGAAAAUAAAAUCACGCCCAAGCAAAAGGAAUACCUAUUUCCCACAAAUGAAUUCAAACCCAGAAUUGAUGGCACACCGAUGGUUCUCAUUAGGAAAACUACCCUCUCUGACUGAUAAUAGAUUAUACUGGAUGCACUGCAUAUAACUGUCACGCAGCCCAGCAGACAUCAUUGCACCAUUAAUGGGAAACAGCAUACAUAAUGUUGCCAACUAUAAAGCACUACUAGGUAUGACACAACUUGUGAAACUAGCAGCCGAUUGUUGUAUAACUGUUUACAAAAACACCAGUAGCCUUAACAUUAGAUAUUGUUAAGGAACGCCUAAUAUUGGACGGAGACCUGAAGAAACCUUGCUGCUUAAUUCGUUCUCACUACUACGUAUAAUAGAACCCCAAAGUGUCCACUAAAUAGGGUUUUGAAGUAUGUUUGCGAAUAACGAUGACAUACAAUCUUUAAUUUUAUCUUUAUUAACAUAAGAAUUUAUUGACAUAGAAUUAGAAUUAAUUUAUAGCAAUAAUUUACAAUGUGCAAAAUAUAUAUAUGCAUUCAGUGGAAAUGUUUUAAAAGAACAAUAGUUUUAUGUUACCAAUAUCGUUACCUCCAUCAGGGAGGUUAUGUAUUCACUGUUGUCUGUCCGUCGUUUGGUCUGUCUUUCUGUCUGUUAGUAAGAUUAAGUAAAAAAACAGCAUACAUAAUGUUGCCAACUAUAAAGCACUACUAGGUAUGACACAACAUGUGAAACUAGCAGCCGAUUGUUGUAUAACUGUUUACAAAAACACCAGUAGCCUUAGCAUUAGAUAUUGUUAAGGAACGCCUAAUAUUGGACGGAGACCGGAAGAAACCUUGCUGCUUAAUUUGUUCUCACUACUACAUAUAAUAGAACCCCAAAGUGUCCACUUAAUAGGGUUUUGAAGUAUGUUUUCGAAUAACGAUGACAUACAAUCUUUAAUUUUAUCUUUAUUAACAUAAGAAUUUAUUGACAUAGAAUUAGAAUUAAUUUAUAGCAAUAAUUUACAAUGUGCAAAAUAUAUAUAUGCAUUCAGUGGAAAUGUUUUAAAAGAACAAUAGUUUUAUGUUACCAAUAUCGUUACCUCCAUCAGGGAGGUUAUGUAUUCACUGUUGUCUGUCCGUCGUUUGGUCUGCUUUCUGUCUGUUAGUAAGAUUAAGUAAAAAUAGUGAAUGAAUCAUCAUGAAAUUUAGUGGAAUGGUACAUAAUAAAAGAAAAACACGAGGGGGGGGGGGUGAAGUGGCACAACCUACUCAGAAUAGGUAAGUGAGUAGCGCUAAUUCCAAUAUGCAUUGAAAUGUAUAAAUUUAGUAGCAAAACAAUUUAUUACUCUCAAGCAUAAGAGUAAAUAAUGGAAUUACCCCUCGCAUUCAGGCAGCACUCAAGAACGUGCCUGAAUACGGUAGGCGAUUGCAUUAUCUUUUUAAGGGUAGACUGCAGUUUCGCCCUUUAUACACAGCAUGCGUAUUGUAGUACUGUAUUCAGGCACAGGGCGGAGGUAGGUAUGCACUCUAUGGAGUGAACAUCACAAGUAAUCUAAUGCUAUCGAGUAAUUUUGUUUCGUCUAAAUAUUGGUGAUUUGAAAAUGAGUUACAUAUAUGCUUAUUUAUUUUGGAAGUUAACUUUCAGAAUUUACUCUAACCAAUGAACAUUCCAUUUGCAUCAUUCAUUUUUUAUUCAAGCUUAAUGCUGUAUUGUUUCGUUAUAGAUAUAUUUCUUUUUUAAACAAUUUUAUUAAUCCCUUUACUAUACUUUACUUUUAUAAUAUUUAGA